CGGAGCUUCUCCUGCGCUCAUUCAAGAAAGAUGGCAGCGAAGUAAUAAAAAAGAUUGCUCCUGAGAACUGCUAUUAUCAAGGGAAGGUUGAUGGGAAGGAUGAGUCGAUGGUAACGCUCAACACCUGUCAUGGCUUGAAGGGAUUUAUUGACGAUGGGGAAGCACGAAUCUAUAUUGAACCACACGAUGAACGCCCUGAUGGCGCUCAUAAAGUUUAUGAAGUCAAGCAGAAGUCUGGGCACCAAGAAAGARCUUGCGGACACUCUUAUCAUGGAUAUGGCAAAGAAGCCCACAACUCAAGCUGGUCACGUGAUGGAAAGUCACGUGUUAGGGAACGCCGCGAGAUUGAUGAGUUUUAYCGCAAGUACCUCACGACAACCGAGACCAGAUACGUGGAACUUGUUYUGGUCGCAGAUAAUGCUUUAUACAAAAAUUUUGGCAGCAACAUCGAGGGCCUAACAGAAAGACUCAUUACUCUUUCCAACGCAGUUGACGCGAUAUAUAGUCGCAUCAACAUUAGGAUAAUUCUWGUUGGGGUGGAGAUUUGGUCAGACAAGGACAAAGUUCCACGAAAAAGCGUCAUGGCAGGACCACWGCUGGAUGAUUUUGUGACGUAUAAAAAAUAUGUGUUAAGGAAAACAUUUGUUGGACAUGACAAUGCACAGUUGAUAUGUAAUGAUGGAUGGAAAAAAUUUGCUGGCCUGGCUAGCCUCUUCGUCAUGUGUAAAUCCACUUCAUCUUCAAUAAUUUCAUGGAAUCAUGAAUCUAUCGUCGGGCCAUGGAUUACGUCUGCGCACGAAAUGGGACAUAAUUUUGGAAUGGACCACGAUGAAGAGAUUGGUCAUUGCACUUGUUUAACGCCUCGAGGAUGCAUAAUGGGAGGACACAAGACGCGCAUUGCAGGAUUCUCUGACUGCAGUCUUGAGGCUUUGCAAAAGCUGGAUGAUUUCUGCUUGUAUGACCUUCCCUCCAAGGAACUAAAGCCGAAGUGUGGGAAUGGAAUUUUGGAAGACGGCGAGGAAUGCGACUGUGGGAAUGAACAGAAAUGCAAGGAAAGCGACCCUUGUUGUGAACCAACUGGAUGCAAGCUGAGACAAGGAAGCCAGUGUAGUGAUUUCAACCAUGGUUGUUGUAAAGACUGCUUGUUCAAACCUCAAUUCGAGCUGUGUCGUGCCUCUCAAAGUCAUUGUGAUGUCCCUGAGUACUGUACGGGAGUCUCUGGCGAGUGCCCCAAAAAUGAAUUUCGUCGCAAUGGAGAGCCGUGCAACAGUGAAAAACAGGUACAAGUCGCAGCAAACCAAGAUAUCAAAACUCCACUAGCAUCAGGCGAGUUUUGUAUAAAACCUCAAAAUGGCGGCUGCAGACCAAGGGAUGGCACAGCACUGGUCUUCACAAACACAGCCGACUGCAUUCAAGAAUCAAUGCAAUUCAUCCUCUCAGCGGGAGGCCUCUUAAAGCAUGCGUGCAGUAACAUGCUGGUUUGUCCACAGAAUUCCAGGAAUGAAGAAAAUACUGUUUUGAUCUUGAGCAAAAAGUGUUCCAGAGAACAGGCAAAGUUUGAGAGAACAAAAGGGGGUUCAUUGAAACACGUCAGCAGUGGUUUCUGCGUCCAUCCAUACCAAGGCGCACGAUACGAGGGUACGAAGUUGUGUAUCUACCAAGGCUGUGACGAGGAGAGACUGCGAGUAGACUUCCUAAGGCAAGACUGCCUUCUUCCUCUUGGCAUGGCUAAUGGGAGGAUCAAAGACAUACAGAUAACAGCAUCUUCAUACACUAAUGAUGCUAGCCUUCCUAAGAACGCUCGUCUUAUCCCCGGCAGCAAGAAAGCGUGGUGUGGUAAGGCAAACAAAGAUCAAUAUCUACAGAUUGACUUGACUGAGACGACAACGGUCACAUCAAUCAUGGUCAGCGGUUUAGGGUGGAAUUUUGUCCGAGGAUAUUAUGUGUACUACAGUCAGGAUGGUCAGCGGUGGACGUCGUACACUGAGACAAGAGACAGCACUGGAUUCAAUUCAUAUUGCUACAUGGGAAAAUGUGCUGAGACGAGGAGUACACAAUGCGUAGACCUGUGGGGGCCUGGUGUGACAUCCGCGGACAAAGCCUGCUACAACAAGUACAACAAAGAAGGAAGACGCUUUGGGACCUGUGAUCCGACCACCAGUAAACCAUGUGCAGGACGAGACGUUCAUUGCGGUCAGCUUCAGUGUCUUGAUACGUUGUACAACAAACCAAUAGUAGACUAUGGAACUAAUUACCAAAGAUUGACUCUUCCAGGUGGACAGCAGUGCAGUGUUGCGUCGUUGAAGAAGUCAGAUUACGUCGGUCUUGGGAUGGUUCAAGAAGGAACAAAAUGUGGCACAAAUAAGAUGUGCAUUGGUUACAGGUGUCAAUCAGUGCCACUGAAGUCUUGUCCAAACGUGAACGGUAAAGAGUGUGCGGGAAAUGGGAUUUGCUCAAAUAAAAGGAAGUGCGUUUGUUUUGACGGUUACGACCCCGCCACUUCAUGCCAAACAGAGCUUUCUCCUGUUGAUGGUAACUGGGGUUCAUGGUCGGACUGGACCGAGUGCUCAAGGGUUUGUAAUGGUGGAACGCGCAGGCGUUUUAGAUUCUGUGACAGCCCAAACACUAAAAAUGGCGGGAAAUUCUGUCAAGGAGAAAGAGCGGAGGGAGAAGAUUGUAACACAGAGGAAUGUCCAGAGGCCCAUUCCUGCCGACAUCUUCAACAGAUCGGCAAAGCAACAAAUCGCGUAUUUAAAGACAACAUCUACAAAAUCAACCCCGAUGGUAAAGGCGCCGUCAUGACGUAUUGCGACAUGUCACGUGAUGGUGGAGGAUGGACUCUUCUGGUCACGAGCUAUACAAACACGUGGACAAGAAACAGUGUCAAACAGAAGAACGAGAUGAAGCCUGACUUGAAGAAAGAUUUCUCAAUCCUGUUUAAGGCUGAUGAUAUCAAGGAUAGUCUCAAUGUAAAGGGCGAUUAUUUUGAGUAUCGACUGGAGGCGAAUAAGUUCGGUCACUGGGGAGGAAUCUGGAAAGCUCCUCGUAGCUACACCUUCCUGGCAACAGACAACAGCCAAACGAACGUCGAUUUGUUAAAGAAGUUUGACGACUGGGAGUACAAGUAUGCUGGGAUCGAGAAGCGAAUGCCUUACUUGUACAACGAAAGACUUACCCUGGCUGCUAAUCCCAAGAACUCUAUAUAUGGGUCCAUAACUGCAAAUUUAAAGGAGUACCACCCAGCUCCAUGGAUAUACGGGAAGGAAAAAGAAACACAGCCGGCUUAUAUAUGGUACUGGGUACGAGAAGGAGAGUAUGAAGAACCAAGAUCCUGUAUGGACGUCUUGACUAGAAGUUUCUCCAAGACUGCGGCCAACGAUGGUAUCUACACACUUAGAAAUGGCAACAAACAUGUUCAAACCUACUGUGACAUGUCACGCAACGGCGGAGCAUGGACACUACUCCUUACCAGUACCUCUCGGCGUGGAUGGUCACGCACUAACAUCCUUGAGAGAAACACAGACACACCGUCUCUUAACAGCGACUUUUCGAUACUGGGAAGCAAUAAAGCAAUUAUCAAUAACGAUGAAUUUCAGUAUCGAAUCGAAGCUGAUGGCGAUGAUAUGUGGGGCGGAAUAUGGGAAGCAAAAGGAGGCUAUUCCUUAACUUCAUCAUCCAGCAAACAAACCAAUAUUCAACUUCUCCAGAAAUUUGGCGAUUGGGAUGAAAGUAAAGAGAGUCUGAACAAAAGAGUUCCUUACAUUAAGCAAUCAAACUCGUACACCACUUCAGUGACUGAUUCUGCCGGGACAAUCUUAUCAACAUCAACACAGGGAGAGUAUAUUAACAAUGGCAAACCUAGGCCAAGGUUUAUAAGAGUCUGGGUAAGAGAGGGCACAAGUCGAUCUUGUAACGAAAUCAAAGUAAGAGGAGAAAGAAAAGGCAAGACAUUAACCGAUGGUUUCUACAUGAUAAAACUGAGGGAAAACCAGGUUUAUUUGCCUGUUUAUUGUGACAUGACAUCGGAGCCUGGUGCCUACACUUUACUAGUUACCAGUGCCCAUGGGAACUGGCGCGCCAGUGAAGUCAAAGAGAGAAACGUCAACACACCCUCACUGACCAAUGACUACUCGAUAUUAGGUUUUGCUGACAGCAUAAAGGAUAUCAGCGCCUCGAAGACUUUCAAGUACAAACUGGAAGCAAACCAGAGGGGAACGUGGGGAGGUGUCUGGGAAGCCCCAAUAGAAUACAGCUUCAUCAAAACAGACAACACCCAAACGAAAGUCAGGCUAACAAAAAGAUUUGGCCAAUGGAAAACCAACAAAGAUUCCAUCCAGAACCGAAUCCCAUACCUCGGUGAAUCCAAGUCUCUGCUGACGACAAAUGAAUACUCCAGCUGGUAUGGACCAGGAAGUGUCAUAACAGAUAGCAGUGACCUCAAACCUUCUGCCUGGAUUUACCCUGAUAUGUAUUCACCUGGUAUUGUAUGGUAUUGGUUGAAUGAAGAUGACUGUGAUUCGUCCAGGAAACCAGUGCACGGUGGAGUAUCUGGUUGGACUAGUUGGAGCCAGUGUGAUCAGCUGUGUAAGCCCGGCAAACAAAGAAGGAGAAGGCUUUGUGACAAUCCCAAGCCUCGAUGUGGUGGUAAUCCGUGUGACGUAAAGAUGAUAGCAGAAGAAACGAAGGACUGCAACGUGUGCCCUGAGAGCCCAAUCAAAUCAUCCAAUGGCCUUUGUGUCCAGCCUGAAGUGCCCGGAUGUAGUUUUCGCGAUGGUACCUCCCUUGUCUAUAGCCAGAACCCAAGUGAUUGCUCGAUGCAGAACCAAGCUUUUGUUUAUGAUAGCAAUGAAAUACUCCGUCACAAGUGCAGUGGGAAAUUUGUUUGUCCAAAAGGUGACUCAAAUAACUGGUAUAGCGCCAAACUUGUGCUGUCGUCAAUUUGUUAUGAAAAUAACGCCAACUUUAUAAGGACAAGAGAGAAAUCUCUAAAGCAUGUUGUCAGUGGAUUCUGUGUUCAUCCUCAGGGGGGAAGUGCGUUAGCUGGAGUACCUAUGGUGCUAUGGGAGACGUGUGAUGAAAAUAGACUCAUUCAUGACUUGUUUAAGCUAUAAGAUAUUACAAUGUAUUAAUCUACAUGUAUUAAUCCAAUCGACGUGUGAGUUGAUUCAACCACCGUUAUUUGUCUUCAUUUUUCGAUACCCAAUAACCAAGAUAAGAAUACGAGUAAACCAUAACUAUAUGACGUAUUAUAUCUUUCCCAUAUAACCAAGAUCAAAAUAAAAGGAAACUAUGGUUACAAAGGUGUGAAAAACACCCCAAAAAGAGCAAAACCAUGGGCUAUAGUCCACGCUUUUGACCAAAAACGACCCAUUUUCAAUAUUUCAUGAAUAAUGCAUAAUUUUAAAAAAGAUGUAAA